AAUGCGGGCGGUGGACGCUCAUUGGCUGGCGCGCCCGCCCUCCCCUCGUCUGAUAGGCUGGGCGUCCCGUCAGUCCGGCGCUCCGCCGUUGCCAGGGUGAGGGUCAUGGCGGUGGUGGAGCUGUUCUCUCACCCCGCGUUCCACACCCGCUACCGGGCCGGGCUCUGCUCCGCCGCCGCCUUGGCCCUGGCGCUCAUCACGGUGCUUACUUACGUGCCGCCGCUGCUGGUGGCCUACCGGAGCCACGGUUUCUGGCUGAAGCAGAGCUCGUACCGGGAGCAGCCCACUGUACGGUUCCGGUACGAGGUGCUUUUCGUGGCCACCAUCGGCUCCGGCCCGGGCAGCUUCUUGGCGUGGAGCACCUUCCCGGCGUUCAACAGGCUGCAGGAGGACCGGCUGCGGGUCCCGCUCCUGUCGGCUAGAGAGGAAGACAAAAAUCAAGAUGGCAAAAUGGAUCAGUUGCAUUUUAAACUGGAACUUCCACUACAACCUACAGAGCACAUAGUUGGUGUUCAGCUGAUUCUACUCUUUUCCUACCAUCUUUAUAGAAUGUCAACAUUUGUGAUGCAGAGCAUGGCGUUUCUUCAGUUUUUUUCUCCUGUGCCAGGGUCUCAGCUCUACAUGAAUGGAGACCUGAAAUUGAACCAGAGGCAACUACUUAACUAUUGUGGACUGGAUACCAGAUACAAUGUGUCUGUGGUCAAUGGCACAAGUCCUUUUGCAAGUGACUAUGAUCUAAUGAACAUUAUUGCAGCCUACUGGGAGAGAAAUGUGACAACCGUCUUUUCAGAUCCCAACCCUGUUUGGAUGACUGGAAGAGCAGCAGAUACACCAUUUAUCAUUAAUGCCACUAUUCGUUACCCAGUGGAAGUUAUCUUAUAUCAGCCAGGAUUUUGGGAAAUGAUUAAAUUUGCCUGGAUCCAGUAUGUCAGCAUUCUCCUAAUUUUUCUUUGGAUGUUUGGCAGGAUUAAAAUGUUUAUGUUCCAGAAUCAGGUGUUGACUACAAUUCCAGUAUCACCAGUUCUGCCAGUGUCUCCAGUAAUGUCCUACAAACCGCACCAGUCCUGAGGAGAUGCCUAAGGACACUUUAAAGACAUACAG